GAGCCCAAUUACCAAAAUGACACCAACCGAUUAAACUCACAGCCCAACUCCUCUUCUCGCCCUCGUCUGACUUCGUUUCGGACCUCCCCAGUUUUUCCCCUCCGGCCGCCGCCGGAGAAGCAGAAGCCAUGCAGGUCGCCGCCGCGCGCGCCCGCCGCCUCCUCGCCUUACCGGCGGCCUCGGGGAUCCCCGGAAUACUCUCCGGACCGAUCCCAGGGCGCGCAUCAUGCGCCGAGGGCGUUCUCCUUUACCGUCUCAAUGGCGCUCCCGCUUCGCCGUCUUCUCCGCAGCAUACCAGGGGCUUCUCCUCCUCCUGCUUCGCCUCCCGAUCACACUGUAACCUCCCAUCGCCUACCAUAGCUUCUCAAUGGUUGAAUGAGAAAUCAGUACACUGUCACAUGACGACAGCACACUUCUCAACGGAAGCAAGUGACAUGGACCACCCUACAGAAGCUGUAGAGGAGAUGUACCAGAAAAUGUUGAAAUCUGUUGAAGCUGAGACCAUGCCUCCAAAUGCCUGGUUGUGGUCAAUGAUUGAUAGCUGCUCCAAUAAGGAGGACAUCAAACUUCUUUUUCAAAUUUUGCAGAAACUCAGGGUAUUUAGACUAUCAAAUCUUCGCAUCAGUGCAAACUUCAAUGAGCAUCUCUGCAGAAAAGUAACUGAGGCUUGUGCUCGUGUAGGCGCCGUUGACUAUGGGUUGAAGGCUUUAUGGAAACAUAAUGUUUAUGGAAUAACACCAACGAUUGGUUCUGCUCAUUAUCUACUGCAACAUGCUAAAGAGCAAAAUGACAACAAACUAAUGGAAAACGUAAUUCAUGUCCUAUCAAAAAAUUUCUUACCGCUGCAACCAGGCACAGCUGAUAUAGUCUUCAGUAUCUGUUAUAAUGCUGAUAGAUGGGAUUUACUCUCAAAAUACGCGGAGAGAUUUGUUAAGGCAGGUGUCAAACUGCAUCGAGCUGCAUUUGACAUUUGGAUGGACUUUGCUGCCAAAGUUGGGGAUUCUCAAUCUAUUUGGCACAUUAAUAGUCUAAGAGGCAGGUCUGUCAAACAUUAUACACUUGCAACAGGGUUUGCAUGUGCAAAGGGGUCUCUGCUUGAUCGGAAGCCAGAAAAUGCCGCUGACAAGAUUAAGCUUCUUUAUGAGGUUUGGCACAGGCAUUUGCCUGAUCAGAAGAAACCAUUUGUGAAAGAUGAACUCGAGAAACUUAUUGCUGGAUGGCCUACGGAGGUGGUAAAGAGGCAGAAGAAAGAUAAGAGGAAGGAGUUGGAGGAAGCUUUGAUGAAGGACAUCCCUACGAUGGUGGACUGCCUGACAAAGUCCGGCCUCGACAUCCCUGUGGAACUGGACAAGCUUGCCACCCCACAGCUCCAAGUGGCGUAGCAAAAGAAGGCGCGCGGCUCGCCAUACAACCGGAACAGACUUGAGUCUCGAGGAACAGCAUGCAUUUUGGUUUGGCACUGAUGCAGGCAGCGCAGCGCAGCGCAGGACGCAGAUUGAAAAUCUGUGAUAGAUGAAAUCAUGUUUUUAUUUCUGUUUCUAAUGUUGUAGUGCAGGCCCGUGCGUGGUGCGCCCUUUCUGUUGUGCGUUGACCGUUGAAAAUCUGUGAUAGAUGAAAUCAUGUUUUUAUUUCUGUUUCUAAGAAGCAAAUUGCCGUCGUAUCUUGGCACGUGUUGUAACUGUACCCAUCCUUUCUCCAAGGACUUUCUAAUCUGUUAUUACUUUUAAUAUUGCAUUAA